CGCGGCUCUCUCCCAGCCCCGCCUCCGAGUGCCCCUCCCCAGAUCCACUUGGCCGCCCGGACCCUCCUACUGGCUGGAGAGCUGCGGCCCAGCCACAGCCGAAGGCAAGCUAGAGCGCUGCCAUCCCGGACCCCGCGCCGCGGGGCCCGCGGGCGGCGGGCAUGCUGGCAUGGCAGGACGGCGGGGCCAAGGCGGCUCCCUCCCACCACAAGAUCUCCUUCUCUGUCCUGGACAUCCUGGAUCCGCAGAAAUUCACCCGCGCUACGCUCCCGGCCGAGCGCCCUGCUUCCCGGGAAGCCAAGAAAAGUUUGGCAGAGGCCGAAGCGGGGAAGGACGCCGGCCUAGGGGACUCAGCUCGGCAGCGGGAGACCCCUGACGCUGCGGAUCGCGGCGCGGGCACUGCGUCCCCCUUGGAGGGCUCGGAGGCCGAGGAGGCGGAGGAGGAGGAGGACGAAGCCGAGGACGCGGGCCAGCGGCGGCCGCAGGAGCGGGCAGCGCGCUUGCAGGCGGACCCGGCGCUCUGCCCCGAGUCCCGGGCGGCGGCGUUGGCGGCGGGGGAGCGGGGCACUCGUGGGCUCGCGGGAUCCCCGGGCUCGCCCGGCUCCCCGCGGCCCCGGCGCCGGCGCUCCGAGCCCCGCUGUGCCAAACCGAGGCGCGCGCGCACCGCCUUCACCUAUGAGCAGCUGGUGGCUUUGGAGAACAAGUUCCGGGCCACGCGCUACCUGUCCGUGUGCGAGCGCCUGAACCUCGCGCUGUCUCUCAGCCUCACUGAGACGCAGGUCAAAAUCUGGUUCCAGAAUCGCAGGACCAAGUGGAAGAAGCAGAACCCCGGCGCCGACGGUGCGGCACAGACCGGGAGCGGCGCGCCCCAAACCGGGGCGCCCGGGACGGCAGCUGGAGCGGGCGGCGGCGGCGCGGGGGGCAGCCCGGGACCCCCCGGCCCCGGCGCACUGCCCUUCCAGACUUUCCCCUCCUACGCGGCGGCCAACGUCCUCUUUCCGGCCGCCACCUCCUUCCCUCCAACGGCCGCAGCCGCUGGGGGCCCCUUUGCGUCCUUCCUCGGUCCCUCCUACCUGACCCCUUUCUACGCUCCGCAUCUAUGAACCCGGAGCUUCUCGGGGGACCCCUUGGUCGGGAUUCACGGAUGAUUGGCGUGGCGGUGCGGUUCCCCCUGCCACCCAAGGCGCCGACGCGCGGGGACCGCCCCCUCGUGGUGAGCGGCUGUCCGCGCGCCCCUUGCAUUCCAGCUGUCGGGAGGCGCCACCAGAGGGCAGGGAGAGGUUGCCUGCCCGCUCCAGCCGCGCCCCUGCCCGCCGCGAAGAUACCCUGAACCCACGCGGUCUACAGGGGGGCCAAGGUUCUGCGGUCUGUAAAAGUGUCCGGGGACGAAGGCUGUGCGCAGCCUUCCCGAUUCUGGAACUGGCUCUUCACUUUCGGUCAGGCUCAGUUCCGUUCCGGGGCUCCCCCGAGAGUCUGGGUGUCCCGAGCAGGGCUAGCUCGGCUGCAGGGAUGGGGAUGCUAGGGAGCCAAAACUUCCUGCCCGCGGGUCGCUCACACUUAGGAUGGAGUCUUCGAACCUCUCAGCUCGCUCAGAGGGUAAGCGGCUUCCCCCUUUCAGAGCCCAUCAUUUCCCUUUUCGUACUUGAUUAUUGGCCCAAACCCAGCGAUUCCUCCCGAAUACUGAACAAGCGGGGUCCGCAAGCACACACGGCCGCUGGAAAUGGACUAUUUUUAAAUGCACAAAACUGCACAUUUUUAGAUCUUCAUUUAAGAUUGGGACUUGAGCACAAUUCGUGUUCCAAACAGACUCUCCACAGGCUGUUCCUGAGAGAAUAGGUAUCCUACUUUUCGGAGAAGACCAGAAGUUUCUGCCAGGAAAUGCAACGGCUUUGUGGCUAGACUCACCUGCUGACGCAGGCGCGGUUCGGCUGACGCAGGUGUGGUUCGGCGGUCCGGCAGAUUUUGGGACCAGCUUUAACCAAUAGGCAAUGGCCUCACAUGCUUAGAAAUGGUAGUGAAGGGACCAGUGGUUCAACUAAAAUCUUGACGUUUAUGCCUGAGGCCUCCUGUUCUGAUUUGCAGUAUUCUAUACUCCCAUUGUUCUGUCCUGGCAUUUCCUAGGCUCCCAAAGAGAGAACAGAGCUGGGAGAGGACAGCUCCCCCAGGACACAUGACAGUCAUAAGUCCGGACUGUUUUUUAAAGGCACAAACUCAACAUUUUUAGAGCUUCAUCUAGAGCCAUUCUUGUUCCAGAGAGACUCCAGGAUGGUACAACAUGCAAAAGGUCGUCAAGGGUGUGAAGGAAGUAGUUGCUGGGCUAGAGGAGGGCUCUGGAAGCAAAAACAUUCCCGUAAUAGAUUUAACCGUGGGAAUUUAGUGUAUGGCCCCUAGUACCAACUACUACUUUGAUUAUGUCCCUGGAAAAAUUAAUUAUUCUGUAAAAUUUUCAUGCCAGAUUUGUUUGGGAUACUGCCUUUAGUUCUCUAUGUGGUAUGUUUGGAAUUUGUAUCUCAGAAACCCCCAGGUUCCCAACCAGGUCAUGUCUAUUUCAUUCUUACCUUUGUUACUUGAGGUCAGCUGAUAUCUACACAGAUACCAUGCCGCUUGCUAUUUUUUUGAAAGCCUAUACCAUUAACAAUUAAAUUUAAUGCUCAAAAUUUGCUUCUGAUGAAGCAAACCCAGUUUGGUGUCAUGAACACAUGAUACAAUAAUUUUGAGAUAUCUAGUUCUAUUAUUAUCAGGAAUGAUAGAAAAUAUCCCCCCUUCUGCCAAAUUAAAUGAAAACUUCAUACUCACCGGAUACUCACAAGAUUUGAGAAUGGGUAUCCUUGAACUGCGUAUGAUGUGCUCAUUACUCGUUUCCUUCUAUGUUAAAGAAGAAUGUCCCCGAACAACACAUUUUAACUUUCUAAAAGACAGUUGAUGCCAGAUGAGAUUAAAAAUGCAGUUACUGUAGUAGAGAAUGUUUUAUUCACGUUACCUGCUGAGAAACACUCCCUUAAUAACUGUUCGUUGGUUUUCGAAAAGCAACAUCCCGUGUGUCAUGAACAGGCAGUUCAAGUGCUCAGAGUCAAGAUCUGUAACAAGAAGCUGAAUUCCUGCAAGGUGUGGGGAACGUUUCAUCUCUCAGGUACCAGUAUCACAGAAGACUCCAGCGGAAGGCUUAUCUGUCUGUGGGCUAGCAUGGAAUGCUGUCAUUCCUGACCUUUCUGGUUUCUACACAUUGUAGCAGAGUAAUGCUCCGAGGGUGUGACUUUGAACUUCUGCUGCUUUGAAAGACCCAGUGGCUUUCGGGCCAAACCCUUAGACUCAAUCGAUUGAUGUGUUUGUCUAAUAAAUCCUUUUUGUAAUGAUUUCUCAUUUAA